UGGGGGAGAGUGAUGCCAGCCAGAAGUGUUGGCAUUGGAGUAAAGCCUGGAGGUACAGGAGCCCUUGGAGCACUUGGAAACAGAUAUGGCAGCAAAGCAAUGAAGGCUGGACUUGGACGCUAUUCAGGGGCACAGCUUGGUCAUGGAGGUUACAGGUCUCUUGGAUUAGGAGGUAGAGCCGGCCUGAAGCAAGGUGGAUAUGCAACCCCGGGUGCCUACGGUGCCAGUCUGGGUACAGGAAUGCCUUUAGGGACUGGACUUACAAAUGGACUGGGACUGGGACUGGGCCAGGGAGCAAAACGAGCUUAUGGUGCCGGUGUUGGUGCUCUCCCAGGUUAUGGAGCUUUAGCUGGCAUUGGCUAUCCUGGACCCCGACCAGGGACUGGACUUGGGUAUCGCACUGGACAGAAGGCUAAAGAACAAAAACCUGGUGUGUCGACAGCAAAUUUGGGUGGACCUGAGAUAGCCAGUCUUGGCCAAACUGCUCAAGAUCUGAAGAGAGAAAAAAGCAGUCAGUCAUAUGGACACAGGGCUGUUGGACUUGAAAUACCCAACACUGGGAGAAGCAACGUACUUGGUCCUGAAGCUGGCCAUAGAGAGGCCAAAAGCCUCGAUCCAAUGCUUAAAGCAUCAAGUCUUGGACCUCUGACACCUCUUGAUAAACAAAGGAAAAUUCUGGCCCAAGGAGGAGAAAGUUAUGAUCCCACGCUCUUAGAAAGAAGAGGUUCAGUAAACCACGGCUCCACACUUGCUGCCCGAGGUGUUAGACCACAACUACCUCUUAUUCAGGCUAAUGUCAGGACUCAGGGUUUAUCUCAGGUGCAGCACCCAGGAGAAUAUGAUUCAUUGAUCCAUCAGCAACGCCCAAAGUGUGGAUCAAGUAGAGAUUUGUCUGGUGUUUUAGGGAUCAAUCACCAUGAGCUUCUUGGUGCAGAAGCACAGCGGACUCCAGGCUUAGUGCCAAGGCCUCACGCUGGUAAAGAAAGCAAACAUCUGGGACAUGCACUUCAACAAGCACAAGGAGAGAGAAACUAUCAACCGCUGCUCCCACAAACUCAAGAUGUCAAAAGUGGUGUAUAUGCUCUAUCACAAGGUCAGGCAUCCAGAAGCAUUUUAUCUGCUGUAGCAGAUGGGCAGGCGGUCAGAGACCUCGGGCCCUCAGCUAAAGAAACGAAAGGUCCCAGAACUCAUGGGGCAAUCGCCGUGGAAAACCUCAGUCCUGGAUCCCUUAGUGUUCAUGUACAAGGAGCAAGGAGCCUGGGACCUGUGAGUACAAGAGGAACCCAAAAUGCAGGCAUCCCUUCACUGGGAAGGCAGGAAGGUGAAGGUGUAACCGUUGAUGGUCAGGAACAAAAACCCAUUUCUCAUACUGAACAUGAUGUCAUUAAGCCCAAAGCCCUCAACAUCCCAGGAGAGGCUGGGAGGAGUGACCAGGCAACAAGUUACAUCGGUGGAGCAGGAAACUAUCUGGGAGCAGGCCUGGGUCCUGGGGGUUAUGGAGCAGGUGUGGGACAGGGAGCAUACCUUGGUGCAACUGGCAAACUUGGAGGCUAUGGAGAGGGAGUAACAGGACACCUGGGUGCUUUGGCAGGCAAUGGCUAUGGUUAUGGGAAUGGAUACAGCGAUGGUUACGGGGCUGCCCUCAGUACAGGCGGCUAUACUGGGCAGGUCCAGGGAGCUUAUGGAGCACUAGGUACAGGCCUGGAUUCAACUGGCGGCAAAUAUGUAGGAGGAGCUGCUCAGGUUCCUUAUGCUAGUGCUCCAGUGAUCCCAACUGGACUGGAGGGUGAUGGUGGCUACCCAUAUCCUGCUCAGCCGCUGGCCCUUGGUGCAGAAGGUGCCAAAACCGCCAACAAGCUUGUGGCUGCUGCAGGCUAUGGAGCUCAGCAAACUGGUUUUGGUGCACAGCUAGGAGCAACUCAAGAUGCUCUAGCUGGUCAACCAGGCAAAUUUGGAGGAGUUGAUGGCGCCCUUGACAGCGGAUACAAAGGCUAAUUCAACUGACCUGACAUUCUUCAUGUGGAUCAGUUCCAUAAUGUGUCCAGUGUUAUGUGUUUUUAAGGCUUUUUGUGUGUUUCACUCCAGUUUAUCCUGUUGUGUUGUCUGUUUAUCUUUUG